AUGUAUUAUUUUAUAUUCUUGAUGCAAGGCAUACUAUCUGAUGGUACUGUAAUUGCGGUUAAGCAACUUUCGUCAAAAUCAAAGCAAGGAAGCCGUGAAUUUCUGAACGAAAUAGGCAUGAUAUCUGGUUUACAACAUCCAAAUCUUGUUAGAUUGUAUGGAUGUUGUAUUGAAGGAAAACAAUUAUUGUUGGUAUAUGAGUACAUGGAAAACAAUAGCCUUGCACAUGCUUUGUUUAAUAAUGGUUCUGCAGAUGGCCGAUUAAAGUUGGACUGGCCUGCAAGGCAGAAAAUAUACGUUGGCAUAGCAAGAGGUCUGGUUUUCUUGCAUGAGGAAUCAACACUGAAAAUUGUUCAUAGAGACAUCAAAACCACUAAUGUGUUGCUUGACCAAGACCUCAACCCUAAGAUCUCCGACUUUGGUUUGGCCAAGCUAGACGAAGAAGAGAACACUCACAUUAGCACAAGAAUUGCUGGAACAAUGUAA